AUGACGACAUCGCGACGGAGGAGGGAAGGAAAAGAUCCCGUUAUAGUAUAUUGUUUGAGUGGGUGUACACAUUUAAUUGUGCAGCCAAUGAUGGAGCCUGGAGAAGAGGUGCCGGAAGGAUGGGGUGAAUGGGACGACGAGAUAGAUGAUAGGAGAGUGAAGUAUAUGGUAGGACUGAUUGAAGGGGGGCAUAGCUUCAAGAAAUCUGAAUGGGGUGGUGGUGACACCCAAGAGAAGUUGUAUGAUCAUGAGGCCCAGAUGGCUCUGAAGAAAAGGAAGAGGGAGGUCGCCUGUGUAAAGAAACUAGAACUUGGAGGUCCGCCAUUGAAGCAGAAGCGUUUGAGUACAUACUUUGGGAAAAGGCCAGUUGUUGAUGGAGAAGAAUGCGAGAAGUGUUGUGAACGGAUUGCCAAGUUGGAAAAAACAGUUAGCUGGAUGAUGAAGAGGAUGCCAAGGAGAAAGAGGUGUGGAACAACACCUAAGAAAGAUGUGUUUUUGGGUGGGAAGUCGCUGGGGAAGAGAAGAUUUAAAAAUAGCCCUGGAAAAAAAGAUGAGCCUUUCAUAGCCGAUGACAUUGGGGGUGGGGAGAUUGUUCGAAGUGUUGAUAUCGGUAGGCUUCAUUCAGACGGUGGGAAUGAUGUUGGUGAUGUUUCAGGCGAUGUAAACGAGUUAGGAACAGUUCCUGAUGUGGAAGGAACAUUUGUGGAUGAGGAUGAAGAAGCGGGUGGUUCUAUAGAUGGAGAAGAAUUUAAGGACAGGGUAGAUGAUGUCGAAGUUAGUGUUGAUAGUGAAGAGAAUGUAGUUCGAGAGGAUGAGAAGGUAGGUGUUGAUGUUGUGGAGCCUAGUGGGGAAGUGGAUGUUGAGGGAAGCUCGUCUGAAGGCAAUCCUGAUGUGCUUGCACCACUGAAGGAAGGUGAUGGGGUACCCAUUCAGUGGAUUGAGCAGGGAGUGAGUGGGUUAAGGGGGACUGGAGGUUCCUCAGCGUUGGGGGUGUCGAGUGUUGGAGUUUCUAAGUUCACAGAUGUUAGUGUUUCGUCUCCGGGUCCCUGUACUGAGAAGGGGGAGGGGGCUAAUGAUGAUGAUGUGGAGAAGACUCCAUCUGAAGAGAAACCGCAGGAAGGGGCGACAGGGUUGGAGUUGCAAUGUACAGGAGUUUCUAAGAUAACAGAUCUUAGUGAUUCAUCUCCGUGUCCUCGUUCUGAGAAGCAUAGGCCUGCAGAAUCGGAAGCGAAUCUGGCAUCUUUAUUAUUGGCGAAAGAACCAUUCACCCUUUCUCAGAUAGUUCCGUCUGUGGAAGACGCGGACUACAGUUAUUUUGAGAAAGUCUUGCUGGAGAAUCCGAAAGUGUUGCACCUUGGUGCGGGGAAAUAUGAUUUGGACAAUCAGUUUUUUCUGGACCUUGCGGCUUCGCAGAAGUGGGUUUCAAGCAAGUUUAUUUGA